GAGAAAGAGAAACCAGAAAGAAACUUAUAUACUGUAUGUAUGUAUAUAUGUGUAAAAACCCCACUUUCCUCUUCGUUUAACAAGCUUCAAUAACGAAAACAGACACACACACACACACACACACACACACACACACACACACACAGAGAAAGAGAAUGAAGGGUGAAGGCGAUGUGGUCGCUGAGCAAAGCAAACACGACCUUCAGUCACUUCUCUUUUGUCCGGAUAGGGAUUUCCUCAUUCGCAACAACGGCGAUGAGGUGAAAGUUGACAAUUUGAAGGGUAAAAAGGUGGGGUUGUAUUUUUCUGCAUCAUGGUGUGGCCCAUGUCAACAGUUCACCCCAAAUCUCGUGGAGGUUUACAAUGAACUGUCCCCAAAGGGUGAUUUUGAGAUUGUAUUUGUCUCAGCAGAUAAGGAUGACGAGGCAUUUAAGGGUUAUUUCUCCAAGAUGCCCUGGCUUGCCAUCCCAUUUUCUGAUUCAAGCACUCGUGACCGGUUGGAUGAGUCAUUUAAGGUGAUGGGGAUACCGCACCUUGUUAUCCUUGAUGAAAAUGGGAAGGUUGUGACAGAGGAAGGUGUUGAGUUCAUUCGGGAUUAUGGAGUAGAUGCGUAUCCUUUUACCCAAGAGAGGAUCAAAGAAAUUAAAGAUGAAGAAGAAAAAGCUAAGAGGGAACAGCCCUUGAAAUUUUUCUUAGCCUCCCGUUCUCGUGACUUUGUGAUCUCAGCAAACGGGAAUAAGGUUUCUAUCUCUGAGCUCGAAGGGAACACCAUAGGCCUGUAUUUUGCAGAGUCUUCGUACAGGAAAUGUGUCAAGUUCACUCCAAAACUCGUUGAAGUUUAUGAGAAGUUGAAGGCGAAGGGGGAGAAAUUUGAAGUUGUGAUGAUACCCUUUGAUGAUGAAGAAGAAUCUUUCAAUCAAAGCUUUGAAAAGAUGCCUUGGUUAUCACUUCCCUAUGAUGACAAGAGCUGUGUCAAGCUUGCUCGGUACUUUGAAAUUCCAACCAUACCUCAACACUCAUUGGCUAUUAUCGGACCAGAUGGCAGAACUCUACAGUCAGAUGUUGUCGAGGCCAUUGAAGAACAUGGCACCGAGACAUACCCUUUUACACCAGAAAAGUUUUUGGAGCUUGAGGAGAAAGAUAAGGCAAAAUGGGAUGCCCAAACGUUGGAGUCUAUUUUGGUUCGGGGAGAUCUCGAUUUUGUGAUAGGGAAAGAUGGACACAAGGUGCCUAUUUCUGAUCUUGUUGGGAAAAAUAUCCUCCUUUACUUUUCAGCCCACUGGUGUCCUCCAUGCCGAGCUUUUACCCCAAAGCUUGUCGAAAUAUAUCACCAGAUUAAGGCAAAAGACGAUGCGUUUGAACUUAUUUUCAUCUCUAGUGACAGGGAUCAAACUUCAUUUGAAGAGUACUUUUCCCAAAUGCCAUGGCUGGCAAUUCCCUUUGAAGAUGAUAGGAAGGAGUAUUUGGACCGCAUUUUCAAGGUUCAAGGCAUUCCAAUGCUAGUUGCAAUCGGGCCAACAGGCCGGACUGUCACGACAGAAGCCCGCGCGGUUGUUAUGUCUCAUGGAUCCGAUGCUUAUCCCUUCACAGAGGCACGAUUGAAGGAGAUUGAGGCAGAGAAUGAGGAGAUGGCAAAGGGGUGGCCUAAGAAGGUGAAGCAUGAGCUCCAUGAACACGAACUUGAGCUGAUUCAUCGCCCAGAGUAUGGGUGUGAUGGGUGCAAGGAAGGAGGAACAGUAUGGUUAUUUUAUUGUGAAGAGUGUGACUUCGAUCUGCAUCCAAAGUGUGCUUUGGAAGAAAACAAGGGAACCAAAGGGGAUAGGGAAGAUGAUAUGGAGGAGGGGACGAAAACUAAAGAAGGGUACGUUUGUGAUGGAGAGGUCUGUCGCAAAGCUUAAGAAGUUUGUGUUUUCGUAUUUACCCAAAAAAAAAAGUUUGUGUUUUCGUCGCUAUGGCAGCCUGUGACCCUGUCUUCAGUUUGUUUUCAGGAGUGUGGUUCUACUUGUAAUAAAAGUUGAGGUACGUUUGCGAUGGAGAUGUCUGUCGCAAAGCUUAUGAAGUUAGUGUUUUCGACGCCAUGGCUGUCUGUCUUCAAAUUGUUUUCAUGAGUGUGGUUUCUACUUGUAAUAAAAGUUGGGGAAAGUUU